AUGAUGGAGAACGAACUACAGCAGCCCACCUCCCUGCUCUCCUCAGGAAGCGGCGGGCGCUGGCAGCCCUUCGCCUGCACAACGCGGGUCAUCUGCCGCUCGAGGAGCGCCGCUCUCUCUGGAGAGCAAACAACGGAGCCGCUCCGCGCCCCGGCCGCGCGCACGGCCACGCGCUCAUUGCCCCGCAACGGCCGCAGCGCGCGGCCCCGCCCGCUGCUGGUAGCGGCCCGCAGAGCCCUUCUGUUUUGCCCCCUCCGCUCAGCAGGGGCGGGAGGAGCUCGCUCGUGCUUACGGGCACGAGGGAAACGAUACGUUGAAAGUGAGCUUGAAACUGCAAGAAGAUGGUCUCACAAAUGGGGAUUUUUGAAAACAGCUCUUGAGGAGUUGACUGAAGAUGAAAAGAAAAAAAAACCAAAGCCCAAGAUACAGCUUCCAGAGCAUCUGCGGAUUCGACCUGUGACACCUGUGGAAAAAUAUAUUAAGGUGGAUCCAUCUCCUCCAGUUCCAAGGACUUCCCAGGGAUUUAUUGGCUGGAGAUCAGCUGUUCCAGAGCUGCAACUUGAACGCUGUUUUCAAAUCCAGAGCUGCAAAGGCGCCUUCUCCAAGGAUCUGCGCUGGCCACGCGAGCCCUCUGACUGACAGUAGGAAACAGCAGCUGGGCACAUAGAAGCACUUGCAUUCCAAAGUUAACAUUCACCAGUGGAUUGUUCAAUGCCUCUAUAAGCACCCACAAUCAUUGUGGCAAUGUGUGAACAUCACAAUGCAGCAUUUAGCUUGGUGCAGAU